UCCCAAAUCCCGAACCUUUCAACGGUUGUGUAUAUUACCAAAUGAGAAAUGCAUUUACAGUACAUACUGUUACAGUGGACUUGUCUGUGCUUCGCUCCUGCCCGCAGCUCAUUGUGCUGGACGCUCCGGUGGAGGAGAGUGAGAAUGAGUGGUCUGUUCCUCACUGUUUCACCAUAUAUUCCGCUCAGAGGACCAUUGUGGUGGCAGCUAGCUCCAAAGUAGAGAUGAACAAAUGGAUUGAAGAUCUGAACAUGGCUAUUGACAUGUCAAAGAAAUGUCAGGAGAAAUCAGAUCUUCUGUUGGACCCAAGCCUGUGUGAUCGCUCCAACAGAUCAUCAGAUGAAGUGUCUCUGGAGCAGGAGUCAGAGGAUGACAUGAACUCUUCCCGCUGCUCUCUGGACAAGCAGAGCCACCACAGGGCCAACACCACCAUGCAUGUGUGCUGGCACCGCAACACCAGCGUCUCUAUGUCUGACCACAGCCUAGCCGUGGAGGUAGCAUUUACACACUUGCACACAGACACACACAUUCAUUUACAGUCUUCAUGGAGCCUUAUUGUGAAGGUCUUGACUACAGCUGCAGUGUACAAAUGAAGGAACGUGACUCUAGCAUGUGUUUGCAAAGAAAUGUGUGGGUCAUAUUUC